ACCCAAGCAACAACCCAUCCUUUCAUACAAUAAUUUGCCUUCUUCCUCGAUCGAGCGAGCGUACUCUGUUUAGGGUUUCGAUCGCACCCGCCUAGUUCUCCCUCGCCAUGGCCAACCCCAGCUCCUCCUCUGCCCCCGCGGAGGCUUCCAAGCCUGCCGUCAAGGAUAACAAAAAAAAGAAGGACGAGAAAAAAGAAGAAGAUCUGUCGGAUGAGGAUUUGGCGUUAAAGCAGCAGCUCGAACUCUAUGUGGAGAGGGUCCAGGACGCAGAUCCGGGUGUGCAGAAGCUUGCCCUCGAGAGCAUGAGGCAGGAGAUUAGAACGGCGACAAGCUCCAUGACGUCUGUUCCUAAGCCUCUGAAAUUCUUACGUCCGCAUUAUGGUACUUUAAAAACAUAUUUUGAGACAAUGCCAGAGUCUGAUUUAAAGAAAUAUUUGGCGGACAUACUUUCUGUCUUGGCAUUGACAAUGUCUGCUGAAGGAGAGAGGGAGAGCCUCAAGUACAGACUAUUAGGUUCUGAAGGGGAUAUUGGUUCAUGGGGACAUGAAUAUGUGAGAAAUCUAGCUGGUGAAAUUGCUCAAGAGUUUGCAAAGCGGCAGUAUGAUGACACCCCUUUGGAUGCUUUGAUGGAACUUGUGCAACAAAUUGUAGCAUUUCACAUGAAGCAUAAUGCUGAGCCAGAAGCAGUAGAUCUUCUGAUGGAGGUGGAAGAUGUUGACUUGCUAGUUGAGCAUGUAGAUGCUACAAACUACAAACGAGCAUGUCUGUACCUCACAAGUUCAUCUAGCUAUCUUCCAAGCCCAGAUGAUAUCCUAGCCUUGGAUAUAGCAUAUACAAUAUAUAUUAAGUUCAAGGAUUAUGCAAGUGCACUACGAAUUGCACUCUUUCUUGAUAACACCCAAUAUGUGAAGCAGAUCUACAUGUCAACAACUGAUCUUCUCCUGAAGAAGCAAUUUUCUUAUAUUAUAUCUCGUCAUGGUUUAGUUUUGGAACUUGACGAAGAUGUAGCUCCAGAUUAUGAUGACAGAGAAGCCCUGCAGGAGAUUGUCAAUAAUGUUAAAUUGAGUGAAGGCUACCUUGCUCUUGCCCGAGACAUUGAGGUUAUGGAACCCAAAUCUCCAGAAGACAUAUAUAAGGUACACCUGAUUGAUGGUCGUGCAAGCGGUAGUACUAGCAUUGAUUCAGCAAGACAAAAUCUAGCAGCCACUUUUGUUAAUGCAUUUGUAAAUGCAGGAUUCGGACAGGAUAAAUUGAUGACAGUCCCAUCAGAAUCUGCAAGUGGAUCUUCUGGUACUUGGCUAUUCAAGAAUAAGGAACAUGGGAAGGCCAGUGCGGCAGCAAGCUUGGGAAUGAUUCUGUUGUGGGAUGUUGACUCUGGACUGGCCCAAAUCGACAAAUAUUUGCACAGUACUGAUAACCAUGUUGUCGCUGGUGCUCUGUUAGGUGUUGGUAUUGUUAACUGUGGUAUAAAGAAUGACUGUGACCCUGCAUUGGCCCUUUUGAUUGACUAUCUUAACAAAGAGGACACCACCAUCUUAAUUGGUGCUAUACUUGGUCUUGGCAUUGCAUACGCCGGCUCUCAAAAGGAUGAGCUUCGAAUUCGUCUGUCUCAAAUUUUAGGGGACCCAAAAACAUCUCUGGAAGUUCUUGUGUUUUCUGCUAUUAGCCUGGGGCUAGUAUAUGUUGGUUCUUGCAAUGAAGAGAUUGCUCAGUCUAUCAUUUUGGCUUUGAUGGAACGAACAGAUACUGAAUUGGGUGAACCUCUUACUCGACUUCUUCCUGUUGCUCUUGCCCUUCUAUAUCUUGGAAAACAGGAUAAUGUUGAGGCUACUGCUGAGGUGUCAAAAACAUUUAAUGAGAAAAUCAGGAAAUAUGCUGAUGUCACUUUGCUGUCUUUGGCAUAUGCUGGAACUGGGAAUGUUCUCAAGGUCCAAAAGCUCCUUGGAUAUUGUGCUCAACAUCUUGAGAAAGGUGAGAACUAUCAGGGUCCUGCUGUCCUUGGAAUUGCACUUAUCGCAAUGACUGAAGAACUAGGCCUUGAGAUGUCUAUUCGAUCAUUGGAGCAUCUUUUGCAAUAUGGAGAGCAAAACAUUAGACGGGCAGUGCCCCUGGCACUUGGCCUGCUUUGUAUUUCUAAUCCCAAGGUAAAUGUCAUGGACACACUUAGCAGACUAAGUCAUGAUACAGACAAUGACGUGUCAAUGGCUGCAAUUAUUUCACUGGGGUUAAUAGGUGCAGGGACAAACAAUGCUCGGAUUGCUGGCAUGCUUCGCAGUCUUUCAAGUUAUUACUAUAAAGAAGCUGGCCACCUCUUUUGUGUUAGAAUUGCUCAAGGCCUUGUGCAUAUGGGGAAGGGUUUACUAACUCUUUCUCCCUAUCACUCUGAUCGGUUUUUAUUAUCACCGACGGCACUUGCUGGACUUGUUACUGUUUUGUAUGCUUGCCUGGAUUUGAAGUCUAUUAUCCUGGGGAAAUAUCAUUACAUGUUAUACAUCCUUGUAUUAGCCAUGCAGCCACGAAUGCUGAUGACUGUGGAUGAGAAUCUGAAGCCCAUUUCUGUUCCUGUACGGGUUGGUCAGGCUGUUGAUGUGGUGGGUCAAGCAGGUCGACCUAAAACAAUAACAGGUUUCCAGACACAUUCUACACCCGUCUUGCUUGCUGCUGGAGACCGUGCCGAACUUGCUACUGAAAAAUACAUUCCACUAUCGCCGGUGCUGGAAGGGUUUGUAAUCCUGAAAGAGAACCCAGAGUACCGGGAUGAUCACUAGGCUACUUCCAAGUAUAAAAUCCCAGAUUUUUACCAUCAGACACAUGGAUGAUCGUGCAAAUAAUUAGUGCCAUAUUGAUAGCAGAAUGAAGAUGAAAGCCUACUUUUGGGAAUGUAGAAGAGCUCAGGAAACUGUAUGUUAGACGUUGAAUGCGCUAUUUUUCUCUGAUUAUGCAGUUGUCUUACAACCAACUCCAAGCAAGCGCCUGGUCAGCCUUGUUGCCAAGAAACCAUGAUAUUCACUUUGAUGGCAAUUUCUAGUGGUUGUUCAUUUGUCACUGGUAAUUAUUGAUAUGAACUCCUGGUUUUUUUUUUCUUUUUCUUUUUUCCUGUUUUUGUAAUUGUAGAAUUCGAUUUGAAGUAUGAGAUCGUUAUGCUACUAUUUUCAUUAAUUCUUAAUUAAUGAAGAUAAAGAAAUUAAGCUUUUCA